UUUCGUCACUGUUCGUGACGUAGGGGCAAACACAAAUGUUAUGGAAGAUGUCACUCUUUCGAGGAGCAAUUCUUUGUGCGUCAAAGACAAGAGUAUUUUGCCUUGCUAGGGCGUCGACAUCACUCCCUCAACCAAUACUGCUGAAAUGCACCGAAAAGGCCAUCUCCACCGGGGUGCCACGCUACAGCAGCACUUCAACCCAGGAGAAACCGGAGCCGACAAGUAGUCCAUCCGAGGAGAAAGUUCACCUCAGCGAAUCUUGUGUAAAGAGAUUAGGAGAGAUUAUGGUAAAGGGGGAAUACUUUCGGAUACAAGUGGAAGGGGGAGGGUGCUCAGGAUUCCAGUACAAAUUCGCUGUCGAUUCCAACAAGAACGAGGAUGAUAGAGUAUUUGAGCAAGGAGGGGUGGGGGUGAUCGUGGAUCAAGAUAGCCUGGAGUUUUUGAAAGGUUCAACGCUGGAUUUCAGCCAAGAACUGAUUCGUUCCUCUUUCCAAGUGUUGAAAAACCCCCAGGCUGAUCAUGGCUGCUCCUGCGGAACUUCCUUCUCUGUCAAGUUAUAAACCUCCUGCGAGUUUAAAACAUGUACGAUCGUUGAUAUGUUAAGAAACCCUACUUUCAUGGAAUUUUAUUCCACAAUUCAGAUAUCCUCUAGUUUUGAAUGCUGUAGUUAAAGUGCUAAAAAGCUAGAUUUUGAUUAGGCUUGAUUGUUUAUACGGAUAUUGCUGCAUUGAACAAAAAUAAGAAGAUAUAAUAUAUUCAUAUAGAUUGAGGAUGAUGCUUUGGAGUGGUCUGAAUGUGUGUGCGCGGAUGUAUUUAUGCGUAGAUUAGUUAUUCAGUGUAAAAAUGUAAAUAGGCUAUAUUCACAAAUAAAGUAUUAAAAGAA